AUGGAAGAUUUGCCCAACAUUUUAUUCGUCGUACCGGAUGGGAUGCAGCGGGAGGUCGGAUUGUACACUACUCACUUGGCUGCUAGUGAUCCGAGAGGCAUUGUGGUGGAUCUGGUACACUUAGAGCAAAUCAGCCCAAUUCGGUGUCCAGAACCGUCACGUGUUGGAAAUUAUUUCCCCGAUAAACUAGCUAAUAUGCAAGGAAGGCCAAUACGAGUAGCUACCCUUCAUUACCCACCGUGUACGAUCAUUACUAAGAAGCUCGAUGGCACGGAGCUACUGAUGGUCGUGGAACUUUGUCGCCGACACAACUGCUCGGUAGAUGUAGAGCUCGCGGCCAACUCGGAGUGGGGAGAGCUGUAUCCAAACGGAACAUCCGAUGGUCUGCUCGGCAGUAUCAUGUAUCGACGAGCGGAUCUGGCUAUGGCAGCGCUCUACAGAUGCCUUUGGCUCAUGGUUUCUAUCACCUUCUGUGUCGGAACGACGAUUGUGUGGGCCACAGAGCGGCAACACCAGCAAUUACACCCAACCGAUAAUGUUAGGGCGCGGUAUCGACUGAUCGAUGCGCUCUUCUUCAUGGGGAGCCUGUACGUUGAGCAAUCCGUGCGUCUUCGCAACGAUCUCUUGGCCGGUUCGAUCCUGUUGGCAUUUCUACUGUUCGGUGGGUUCAUGAUUGGCAACAGUUAUGCGGGGGCCCUUGCCUACGUAAUGACCAUUCCCCACUACGAAAAGGUCCUCUCCACCACAGCGGACCUGGCCAACAGUGGCAUAACGGUGGCUGGGGGAUCAUUGGCGUGGAUGAACUCGCUCCUCAUGACCGACCAGCCAGUUCUAGUGACCAUCAGAAAUAAUUUCCGGGCAUAUGAUAUGGACACUUUACAAAAGUUUCUGCAUACCCGGCGUGACAUGAGCUACAUGCACGAGCGAUUGCAAUACGGAAGCUUCCCUUUGGAGGCCUACAUCGACAUCAAUGCCACCCGUCUGGUGCAGCCGCUCAAGGAGGAAGUUUUCUGGGAGCUAGUAAUUUCGGCCGCCAGGAAAACGUGGCCCCUUAUGGGUAGGUAUGACGAUUUGAUACUACGAAUCCAACAGAAUGGCAUUCUACGGCACUGGGAGCUGGGGAGCGUUAUCCGAAGUACGGGCCUGGAAAUUCAGCGUAAUUUGGCCAAUAUGCGAGUAACCGAUAACGGCCCUGUGAAGCUUAUGCUGGCACACUUGCUAGGAGUGUACUUUAUCCUGUUCGCUGGGCUGACUCUAGCAACCGUUUCGUUUCUACUGGAGAUACUGAUUCACCGAUCGAAGACAAGAAACCCAGCGGCCCAAACUAGAAAUAUUUAA